AAAUAGAAGUAUACUACAUGAUACAUCAAUAAUAGUAAGACAUCAAAGAGCUCAUAUUGAAAAUUACAAAUCAAAAUGGCAACCAUUGAGAAGCAGGAUACAAGGAGGAGUGGAGUUAUAGGGAGCAGCAACCGUGUAGUUGCCUUGACAGCGUCUCCUAAUGUUGACUUAGUUAUUGAUGAUAGCAACAACAUUAACAAUGGUCCGCCUUCUCUUUCUCCUAGCAAACGCUUUGAUGAAAGUCCUACUCAACAGGGACCAAAAUGGAAAAAAUUUCUAUCAUUUGUAGGCCCUGGCUUCUUGGUUUCCUUGGCUUAUCUUGACCCUGGCAAUUUGGAGACUGACUUGCAAGCAGGAGCUGAUCACAGAUUCGAGCUCUUGUGGGUGAUCCUAAUUGGAUUAAUAUUUGCUUUGAUUAUCCAAUCUCUAGCUGCAAAUCUCGGUGUAUCAACAGGCAAACAUUUGUCAGAGCAUUGCAAGGCAGAGUACCCAGUAAUAGUGAAGUAUUGUUUAUGGCUGCUAGCAGAAGUAGCAGUAAUAGCAGCUGAUAUACCUGAAGUUAUAGGCACUGCCUUUGCUUUGAAUAUUCUCUUUCAUAUUCCUGUUUGGGCUGGUGUUCUUAUUACUGGCUUAAGCACUCUCCUUCUUCUUGGACUCCAAAAAUAUGGGAUAAGAAAGCUGGAAUUGUUGAUAGCAAUAUUAGUGCUUAUAAUGGGAGCUUGCUUCUUUGGAGAGAUGAGUUAUGUGAAGCCACCAGCAAAGGAUGUGCUUAAGGGCAUGUUUAUCCCUAAGUUAAGUGGCCAAGGGGCCACUGGUGAUGCUAUUGCACUGAUGGGUGCUCUUGUUAUGCCGCACAACCUCUUUCUCCAUUCAGCUCUUGUGUUAUCCAGAACAGUGACCAAAUCUAAGAAGGGCAUUAACCAAGCAUGUAAAUACUUUCUAUUAGAGAGUGGUUUCGCUUUGUUCAUUGCGUUCUGGAUCAAUGUAGCAAUUAUAUCAGUAUCUGGAACAGUUUGUUCAAGCAGAAAUCUCACACAGCAAGAGGCGGGAAUAUGCAGUGAUUUAACCCUUAAUAAUGCUUCUGUCCUUCUUCAAAAUGUCUUGGGGCGAAAAACUGCCUCUAUAUUUUACGGUAUUGCCCUCUUUGCUUCAGGGCAAAGCUCUACAAUCACUGGCACUUAUGCUGGCCAAUAUAUCAUGCAGGGAUUUUUAGACCUUAAAAUGAAAUCAUGGCAAAGGAACUUGGUAACUCGCUCCAUUGCCAUUACACCAAGCCUAAUUGUUUCGAUCAUCGGAGGAUCAGCUGCAGCUGGGAACCUGAUUAUUAUUGCAUCGAUGAUAUUGUCAUUUGAGCUUCCAUUUGCUCUAAUUCCCCUCCUUAAGUUUAGCAGUGGCACCACCAAGAUGGGACCUCACCAGAACUCUAUUAUUAUUAUUGUCAUCUCUUGGAUUCUGGGACUCGGAAUAAUUGGCAUCAACAUUUAUUACCUAAUCACAGCCUUCAUCGGGUGGCUGAUACACAAUGACUUACCUAAAGUGGGAAAUGUGUUCAUCGGGAUCGCGGUGUUUCCAUUGAUGGCUAUCUAUGUCUUAUCAAUUAUUUAUCUCAUGCUCAGAAAAGAUAGGGUUGUUACCUACAUCGACCCUACAAAUUCUGCUCUUAAGGAGGAUAUUGCAGAAAGUCCACUACCAUAACUAAUACGUUUCUGUUGUUUGCUAUGCAAAAUUAUACCUUUUAUGUAGCAGAUUUCCACUAAUUCUAGAUAUAAGACCUUCGGGAUAUGUUAUCUAAUAUUCGUAUUCAAAACACAUUUGUAUGCUUGUUCUUCGGUGUUCCUAAGAACCCCUUGAAACUAUAAAGAGUUGCAUGUCUUUACUUAGAUUUCUUGAGGAACUUCAAUUCGCAACUUUUGUUUAUCAGUGAGUUACUUCAAAUAAAAAUUAUUAUCAGCUUUUUGAGAAGUUUAGCAAUCACUUUUAUAUAUAAUGUUUGUGAUUUUUUGAU